GGAACGUUCGUACUUUUAUUUUGACAGGAGUGUUUUAUCCCAGUGUGCAUUGCGCGUACUCACAAACAUGGUGGAUCAAAUGAAUGGAGGAAGCUGUUGAUGGUGACACACUCGGAGAUAAACAUUUACUUAUUAAUUUAAUAUUAGCAGCACGAGGGAUUUCAACAUGGCACUCCCCUGAAAUUGAACUCAGGUAAAACGGUUCAAGUAAGUGCAAUAACUAAGUAUCACGGAAACAACUACUGUUGUGUCAUGGCGUUCCCUCAGCCCAGACCUCAGGUUCCUCAGCUCCCUCAACACCUGCUCAGGACCAUCGACUGUCAGCAAGGAGCCGUCAGAGCGGUUCGCUUCAACGCUGAUGGGAACUACCUGCUGUCCUGUGGCAGCGACAAAUCUCUGAAGCUGUGGAGUGUGAGCCGAGGCACCCUGCUGAAGACGUACAGCGGCCAUGGAUACGAGGUGCUGGAUGCCGAUGGUUCCUAUGACAACAGCCAUCUUUGCUCCUGCAGCUCUGAUAAGACACUGAUCCUGUGGGACGUCGCCACCGGGCAGGUCACUCGCAAACUCCGAGGUCACGCUGGGAAAGUCAACUGUGUCCAGUUCAACGAGGAGGCAACUGUCAUCCUGUCUGGGUCCCUCGACGGGACAGUGCGGUGCUGGGACACCAGGUCCAGAAGAUUUGAGGCCAUCCAGAUUCUGGACGAGGCUCGAGACAGCGUCAGCAGCCUGAAGGUGGCACAACACGAGCUGCUCACCGGGUCGGUGGACGGCAGAGUGAGGCGCUACGACCUGAGGAUGGGACAGCUGCACGUCGACUUCAUCAGCAGUCCCAUCACAUGUGUGUGUUUCAGUCAGGACGGUCAGUGCACGCUGACCUCCAGUCUGGAUUCAACAGUCAGACUGCUGGACAAGAGCACCGGGGAGAUGCUGGGAGAAUACACGGGACACAAGAUGAAGGGCUAUAAGCUGGACUGCUGCCUGUCCAGUAAAGACACCCACGUCCUGAGCUGCUCAGAGGACGGACACGUCUACUGCUGGGACCUGGUGGAAGGAUCUUUGUCCUUGAAGCUGCCGGUGGGGAAAGCUGUUGUGCAGUCGUUGUCCUUCCACCCCACUGAGACCUUCCUCCUCACAGCCAUGGAGGGGCGCGUCCAGGUGUGGGGGGUGGAGCCGGAGGAGACGGAGGAGGAGGCGAUAGUCAAUAGUCAAAAGCUACAUUUGCUUGGUGAGAAGAACUGAUCAACGUUAUGGUGACAGGAAGACUUCUUCUCUGUACGUGUGCAAAACUUCUAUUUUUGUACAAAACCUUGAAUAAAUAUGUCGUUGUAUAAACGACAGCACAUCCUG